AUGGCUGGUUUGAUGGAUGUUGACCGCAGCCGCUCGCGGCGGGAGCGCACCUUUGUCGGCAGCGAAUGUGCUGUCUGUGAAGAGCCAUUGGAACACACCCUGCGUGGUGAGCGCGUGCUCCAAUUUUCAUGUGCCCAUGUUGCCCACGAGGCUUGUUUCUACGAAUACCUACGCGAAAUCGAGGGUCAAUUCUGCCCGACAUGUGAUGCGCCAUUGGGGCUUGACUCAACGCGAGGCGGCAACGUCCUAGACAUUGAAAAAUUGAGUAAUAUUGUCCGCUCUGUGAACAGCGAUGCCGCGACCCAGCGGAGUGGGUUGACUACACCCACGCCAUGGGAUUCUGUCACAAGCCGACAACACCCUCCUAGUGAAGUAGGAAGUCGGCCGUAUAACCGCGACAGCCGGGAUCCUUACAAUCGACGGGAUAGCAAGGACACCGGAAGUCAGCGUGAGCGAGUUGAGCGUCUGACCACGGGAUCCCGCCAACAGCAUUCUCGAAAUGGCAGUGCUGCUGGGUCCUCGGGCGAAUACCAUGAACGUCGCCACGACUAUGACGUUCAAGCGAUGGAGUCGGACUUGAGCCCCCGGACGGCCCCGACUUCGAAGAACCCCAUUCCGGCACCCACAGUUACCAUCCGCAGCGAGUUCCCGACACUCAACCGGUCCCGCCAGCAGCAGUCGCUCACGUGUUUGAUCACGGUUGAGAUGCCAGAAGGGAACUGGCGUCCAGAUGCGGAGGAUCUGCGAAGUGGCUCGACAACAAAUUCGCAACCCAAGGAUGAACCGUACCCAUCUCGCUUCCCACCAAUCCCAGAGCCGAAGCCUGCGUCAUUUGAACCUCAAGAGAACCUUGAGGAUAUUGCGGAAGAACUCAGGACUAAGGUGGACAACUGGCAUGGUUUAGAAUUCCAACGAUUUGGCAAACUUCGCUUGCAUGGCCACAUGCGGGUGGGCAAGGACCGCGAAUCAUGGCAGGAAUUGGAGUGCUAUCUGUUCCAAGAAAUGCUCAUUUGUGUCAAGGAGAAGCGGAUGCCAGAUCACCAAUACGAUCCUCAAUUGCCGAAGCCCCGUCCUCGAUGCACACUGAAGGGUUCAAUUUUGAUCAAGAAGCACUUGAAAAGCAUUGAAGACCUUCCUGAUGAGCCUAUUCUCACCUUACACCUAUCUGUCAGCGAACUGCCCUGCUUUUAUCUUCGCUUCCCCAAUCGGAACCAGUUGGACAUGUGGCGCCGUGCGCUUUUGGACUUCAAUGCUGUUGAUUUCCUUCGCAGUCCCGAGUUUGACUUUGAUCGUCAAUCCGGAGCAGAGGAUGAUGACUACCGAACUGGAAAUAUGAAGCGACAAGCGUCGUUGAACUCCUCGUAUGGUGCGGCGCGGUCAAACGCCACCGCCAUCACCGACUACACAAACAUGGGUGUGGAGACAUCGCCGAUUCAGUCGGUCCAUAUUCCGGUAGAUAUCGUUGUGGUGAUUCCAGUGUCUUCGUCCAUGCAAGGCCUGAAGAUUACGCUGCUCCGCGACACUCUGAAGUUCCUUGUCCAAAACCUCGGACCCCGCGACCGCAUGGGUCUGGUGACCUUUGGCUCUAGUGGAGGAGGGGUGCCCUUGGUUGGAAUGACAACAAAAUCCUGGUCCGGAUGGUCUAAAAUCUUGAGCUCUAUUCGCCCUGUUGGACAGAAGAGCUUGCGAGCGGAUGUGGUUGAAGGGGCCAAUGUAGCAAUGGACCUGCUAAUGCAGCGAAAAUCGUCGAACCCGGUCUCAAGUAUCCUUUUAAUCAGCGACUCAUCGACUUCUGACCCUGAAAGUGUGGACUUUGUCGUAUCCAGAGCUGAAGCUGCCAAGGUUGGAAUUCAUUCAUUCGGACUCGGAUUAACACACAAGCCGGACACGAUGAUUGAGCUAUCGACAAGGACAAAGGGAUCAUACCUUUAUGUGAAGGACUGGAUGAUGCUGAGAGAAUGUGUCGCUGGCUGUCUUGGUGCCGUCCAGACAACAUCGCACCAGAAUGUGAAAUUGAAGCUGCGACUGCCGGAAGGCUCCCCAGCCAAGUUCGUCAAGAUUAGCGGAGCAUUGCACACAACCAAGCGAGCCACAGGACGAGAUGCUGAGGCUGCUCUUGGAGACUUGCGCUUUGGCGACAAGCGGGAUGUUCUUGUACAGCUGGUGAUUCCACCAGAUACAGCGACCCAUGAAUCUCCCCCGCAAGACCCUUGGGAAAGUUUGGUGUCCGGAUUGGAAGCUCUAGGCGGCGUUUCGGAUGGCGACGAGCAACGUGUUUUGAGUGUAGAGGAGGUCCCGUUGAUUCAGGCAGACCUGACCUACGGCGACUUGCUUCGGGAUGGCCAUCUGACACACUCACCACGCCCAUCGCUCCUGGCAAUCACCAUGCUCCCGCCGAACCCUCGGUACAAGGGCACUGGUAGACCGGGCACACCUCCUAUCCCUCCUCAUCCGUCCAUUGUCCAACGUCGGAUGGAGUUGCUCACUUCAGACAUGCUGACGCGUGCUUUGACACUUGCCUCUCGUGCGCAGCACGACCGAGCCCAGCAUCUGUUGAAGGAAACCCGGAGUAUCCUCAAAGGCCUAGGAAAAGGCAGCCUCCCUCCACUGCCUCCACCUUCACAGAAGCCCCCCAGCGACACAGAAUCCCGCGGCGAAACACCCACCUCCGGCUCUCCCAAGUCGUCGAACUUCGACAGCCAGUCAUCGACUGCUUCUGACACUGCCACCAUCACUCCCGUCGCAGCAGUGGACAACCAGACCAUGAUGGCUCUCGAUGGCGACCUCGAGUCUGCCUUGGAGUGGAUCAACCACCCGGCCGUUUUUGGGCGGGACUCUCGCAAGGCAGUGCUGCAAAGCAUCGGUGUGAUCUCCUCGCAGCGAGCAUAUACCUUCCGGUCGCCUUCCGAAGCACACUGGGCGCAGCGCAUCACGGGCGUGCGACGGCUGAUCGAGCGCUCAAGAGACUGGCGCGAAACCGGUGACGACGCAUUGACCGAAGAAUAA